AUGUUUCUUACCGAGCCAAUUCUGUUUCUGCUCUCGCUUUACAUGGCUUUUAUCUAUGGCAUACUGUAUCUGGAUUUCACUGCCUAUCCGUAUGUCUUCCAGCAGACAAGGCAUUGGGACGCCGGCAUCUCUGGUCUGAGCUUCUUAGGUAUCGGGGCUGGAAUGGCUAUUGCGACUGCUGCAUCACCAUAUAUAAACCGCGUCUACGCCACCUGGGUCAAGAAGCUUGGUGGACCCAAACCAGAAGCUCGACUACCCCACCUGAUCCUCCUCUCAUGGCUCGUGCCAAUAGGACUAUUCUGGUUCGCGUGGACAGCCGAUACAUCCAUCCACUGGGCAAGUUGUAUCAUAUCGGGCAUUCCCUUCGGCAUAGGCUUCGUGGUACUAUCGCUUGGUAUCACAUCAUAUCUCAUCGACUGCUACGGAAAAUAUGCAGCCAGCGCACUGGCCGCCAAUGCGAUUCUCAGGUCUUGUUUUGGAGCAGGCUUCCCUCUGUUUUCUCAUCAGAUGUACGACAAACUAGGCGCUGCGUGGGCCACAUCUAUACUGGGCUUUAUUUCAGUAGCUUUAGCGCCCUUGCCUUUUGUCUUUUACCGCUUCGGGCCACGAAUCCGCGCACACUCUACAUUUCACCAAAGAGCCAUAGAGGAGGAGUUUGAAGUAGCUGCUACAGUGGACCACUCUAAGAAAGAAGGGUAG